UGCUGUUCCAGCUUGAACCUGUAGAUGUCGCUGUCACUAAAGAGCAGCUGAUAGGAGGAAGACACAGUCAGAGCUCCAAACACUCAGCAGGAUCCGUGCGCACCGAGCGGCUCCUGUCUCCAGGACGCUUAGCGUCGUUUUGUGGGUUUAAUCGAGAAGUUAUUCGCGGAUAAUCGCCGGACAUUCGCUCCCGUUCAGCGUCGCCAUGAAGGAGCAUUCUGUGCUCGCGCUCUGCAGGACGCAUCUGCGGGAUUUCCGCUGAAGUUGUCCGGGUCGCGCGGAGCGGCUGCCAGGCUGCGGGAAGUUACCCCUGGACUCGGUGCCCUUCGGUCUCCAGGAAUCAAAGUUAUGGCUCGGACGCCAGCGGACGCACGAAGCUGCUCCACGUCUGAGCGCGGACAAUGAGCGCAGCCGGCAGCGAGCUUUCCACGAUGCUGAGGAGAUGUCUGCUCACUUUCAGACCGUUCAGGAUCUUCGUGGUGGGGAUCGGCUUCUUCAGCCUGUGCUUUCUAAUGACCUCUCUCGGGGGCCAGUUCUCAUCCAAGCGACCCGGAGAUCCCCCCUUCACGGUGCGAGCCGAAGUGCUCGCUGGCCAUGAGUCUCGAGGCGUCCUGAGGAAAAUCAGCGACAUGCUGGAGGUGAUCAUGAAGAGGAUGGACGCUCUGUCUAAGCUGGGAAACACCACGGACGCCCACAGGCUGGAGGAGCUCAGCUCGGCCCUGGACAGGUACGACAGGAUCCAGCCCGUGGGAUUGGUGGAGCGGAUCCAGGCCAUCGCCCAGAACAUGUCUGACAUGGCGGUGAGGGUGGAGCAGAUCCUGCAGCGAAGCAUGGCCGGCAGCAGAGUCAGGGACGGAGCGUUCGGACAGUGUGAGAUUCCCAAAGAUCCUCGCUACCCGGACUGUCCCAGCAAGAUGGAUUGGAUGCGAGCACGUUGGACCUCGGACCCCUGCUACGGCUUUUAUGGCGUCGACGGCUCCGACUGCUCCUUCCUCAUCUACCUGAGCGAGGUGGAGUGGUUCUGCCCCCCGCAGGCCUGGAGGAACCAGACCGCCACCCCCACCCUGAAGCCUCCACCCAAGAAACAGGCCGUCUUCCAGUCGGACGUCGGGCCCCUGCUGGAGCAGGUGGGCGGGGCCAAGGAGUCUCUGAGCUUCAUGAAGAGGCGCAUGCGCAGACUGGCGGCGCAGUGGGCCUCGGCCGCUCGGCGCCUGGACGGGAAACUGCAGGAGCGCUGGAGAGAGAGGAAGAGGGUUCUCAUCCACGUGGGCUUCCUGACCGAGGAGUCCGGGGACGUGUUCAGUCCUAAGGUGCUGAAGGGGGGUCCUCUGGGCGAGAUGGUGCAAUGGGCCGACAUCCUCACAGCCCUCCACGUGCUGGGACACGACCUGAAGAUCUCGUUCUCUCUCAAGGAGCUGCACGGGUUUCUGGGCGUCCCCCCUGGAAGAGGAAGCUGCCCUCUGACCGGCCCGCUGCCCUUUGACCUCAUCUACACCGACUACCACGGCCUGCAGCAGAUGAAGCAGCACAUGGGUCUUUCGCUGAGGAAGCACAAGUGCCACAUCCGAGUGAUCGACACCUUUGGCACGGAGCCGGCCUACAACCACGAGGAGUACGCCACCCUGCACGGAUACAGGACCAACUGGGGCUACUGGAACCUCCACGGACAGCAGUUCAUGACCAUGUUCCCUCACACUCCAGACAACUCGUUCAUGGGUUUCGUGGCGGAGGAGCUGAACGAGACGGAGAAGCUGAACAUCCAGAGGAACAAGGUUAACAACAUGGCCGUGGUGUACGGGAAAGAAGCCAGCAUGUGGAAGCUCCAGGGCAAAGAAAACUUCCUGGCGAUCCUGCACCGCUACAUGGAGAUCCACGGGACGGUGUACUACGAGACGCAGCGCCCCCCAGAGGUGCCCGCCUUCGUCAAGAACCACGGUCUGCUGCCUCAGCAGGAGCUGCAGCAGCUCCUCAGGAAGGCCAAGCUGUUCAUCGGAUUCGGUUUCCCGUACGAAGGCCCCGCCCCCUUGGAGGCCAUAGCCAAUGGCUGCAUCUUUCUGCAGCCCAAGUUCGACCCUCCACACAGCUCUCUCAACCACGACUUCUUCAGGGGGAAGCCCACGUCCAGGAAGGUAUCCUCCCAGCAUCCCUACGCGGAGCAGUACAUCGGCCGGCCGCACGUCCUCACCAUCGACUUCAAUAACUCUGAAGAGUUCGAUGCGACCAUCCGUGAAAUCAUGAGGAUCGAUGUGAAGCCGUUCCUGCCCUAUGAGUACACCUGUGAGGGGAUGCUGGAGAGACUUCACGCCUACAUCCAGAACCAGGACUUCUGUUCCCCCGAAGCUCCGUUUCCUCCGCUGAACUCGUCUCAGACCUGGCUGAGUCCCUUCAUCCUCGUGCCCGGCUCCAGGCUCCUGACCUGGGCCUCCAACGCCAGCAGCGCCGUCUCGUCCUGGCCGCCCCUCUCCGCCCUGAGGCUGACGGCGUCGCUGCAGGGUCAGUCCUGUGUGAGGGCGUGUCAGGCCGAGGGGCUGGUCUGUGAGCCGGCGUUCUACCGCUUCAUCAACAUCAAAGAGGCCUUUAGCGCGCUGGACCUGGAGUGUGAGGGAGUGGAGUCUGAGGCGAACCACCUCUUUCCUGCCUUCUCCGUGGAUCACGCUGAAUGCAGCCUGCAGCAGGACCCGCUGCUGUUCAGCUGCGCCGGCUCCAGCACCAAACACCAGCGCCUCUGCCCCUGCAGGGACUAUCGCGACGGCCAGGUGGCGCUGUGCAGGGACUGCCUAUGACCAGCGGAGGCUCUUUUUAAAUUCCUGGACAGACGCAGGUGAAAAGUGACUCUCUUUCCUCUGACCGAGGAGCGGCUGCCAAAGUGGGUAAGGUGUUAAUAACUCUCUCAGGGAACUGCAUGAUUGUACUUUGAGUCCGGUGAGUGUGAAGCCUCAGCUUCGAGGUUUUAUUGGCUGCGUCAGGGCCACGGCUUUUAAACGAAACGCGUAACACGAUCGAUGAAUCGGUUAUUUUAGAAGAAGAAACGGCGAAAGCAAAGAGAAAGCUCUGAUUUAAAAAACAGAAAAACAUAAAUAAAAAAAAUGCUUGAACCUCACGAUGUUUACUCGGUGUAGUGUGAUCAUAGUGGAGUUUGGAUAUUUGUACUAGAUGCACCCAAAGCCAUUUGCACCAUGUCGAGAUGUACUAUUUUAAAUGUGAUGGACGGAUUUGUACAUAAGUGUUGUUUAAUAAAACACGGGGGA